GAUUUUCUUUUUCGGGGGGCACGUGACAUUGGUUUAAGUAAAAUGAUUCAGACAACACGUUGCUCAGUGGAGCAAUUUUACAAAUAACAGUAAACAAAUUUGUGGCGCCAUCUUGAGGGAGGAGCUGGUACUGCACCCAAAUUGGCAGCGCAAAUGCGCCUGUUAUUUUUUCUGUGUAAUUUUAUUAUUAUUUUAAUUUUUAUUUGCAGCUGAUUAUUUUAAUUUUUAUUGCAGAUUUCGAUCAUUUGACAGAGAAUAUUUUUUUUUGCAUCAAUGCAAAGUGGACUUUGAUGUGAGAAAGCAGUACACACACGGCUGUGUGUGUGUGUGUGUGUGUGUGUGUGUGUGUGUCUUUGACAUCGGGACAGUAUUCUUGGCUAGCUCGCUAGCAGGCAGGGCUAGCUGCUGCAUAUUCCAGUGAAGCAGGCGACUUAAAGCGAGGACUUGUUCUUGAAAUAACAAGAAAAUAAUCCCGUUUCCAUGGACAACACGUCCAUCAUUACCCAGGUAGCAAAUCCAAAGGAGGAGGAAAUCAUUUCUUCGAGUCAAGAAAAAGUCUCGCAGUCGAACAGCAGCUUAAAGAAACACAGGAGCAGGAGCAUCUUCAGCCCUUUUUUCUGCUGCUUCCGCAACUACAAUGUGGACCCGCCGCUUCAGAACAACAAGACGUGUUCGCUGCCUCCACCUGCCGAGGAAAACAGUGGCUCUCCUAAGUGUGAUCAGGUCCAGGUCAUCCCUAUCCCAGAUUCUCCAGCCAAAUACCUCCUACCUGAAGUUAGCAUCACGGACUAUGGCAAGAACUGCGUGGUGAUCGACCUUGACGAGACCCUGGUACACAGCUCCUUUAAGCCAAUCAGCAAUGCAGAUUUCAUCGUUCCUGUGGAAAUCGAUGGAACAGUCCAUCAGGUCUAUGUGUUAAAGAGACCUCAUGUGGACGAGUUUCUGCAGAAGAUGGGUGAACUGUUCGAAUGUGUGCUCUUCACAGCCAGCUUAGCUAAGUAUGCUGACCCCGUGGCAGAUCUGCUGGAUCAGUGGGGUGUGUUUCGUGCGCGCCUCUUCAGGGAAUCCUGCGUGUUCCACCGAGGGAACUACGUCAAAGACCUCAGCCGGCUGGGCCGACAACUCAGCAAAGUGAUCAUAGUGGACAACUCGCCGGCCUCGUAUAUCUUCCACCCGGAGAACGCUGUCCCGGUGCAAUCAUGGUUUGAUGACAUGACAGACACAGAGCUGUUGGACUUGCUGCCUCUGUUUGAGGGUCUGAGCAGAGAGCAGGAUGUUUACAGUGUGUUACAGAGCCUGAGGGUUAGGUAGCACUGACACACAGUUACAAUACGGAGACUAUAUGGCUCUACCAGACACACACUCCAGCAUCGCUGGUCAGGCCAAGCUGUCACAUCUAGACAGCGCUAUUGUCUCAAACGGGGGACGACGGAUGGAUCUCAAACACCUACAUGGGCAAAUCCUCCGUGUGCAGUCUGACGUUUAUUGGACCGUAUGCCACCCAGAGACAAUUGCACAGAUAAUAUGUACAUAGCAUAUGUUUCUAAUCUUGCCACAGAACAAGAGUUUUUCUAAGUUCUGACUUUAUAUAUAUAUA